GCACCCAGGCCACCACCUGUCCCGCCACCUCCGCCGUGGACGUUUCCACAGCCUCCGCCUCCCCCGUCGUUGAAGAUGUGGAGUCGGAGUACGAUGAUGAGAAUCUGCAGCAGCACCUUUUGGAGUCGGAGACCAAGGAAGAGGCCGAAGAGGAUAAGGUCGCGGAGUACGACGAUUAUCAG